AUGUUUUACGGAAAAGUAAUUAAGGCAGACGAAACCGUCAUACCCGAGAUUAAGGACGGAUACUCCGUUAUCCACCUGUCGAGAGCAUGCUUGAACAACCCAGAAGAUGAAGGAAAGCUGUACGUACAAGUGGAAGAUGCCAAUGGAUGCUAUAACAUCUGCUGUUUGCAAAAGAACGUGUGCGAAGAUACAGCGUUGGAUAUAUUUUUAAUGCUAGAUAAUGAAGUGAAGCUGAAAACCAGUGGCAGUAAAAACGAAGUCCAUAUUGUUGGGUAUUAUGAGGUGUCAUUUGGUCAGGACCAUCUAGAUGACGACGAUGAGGAAGACGAAGAGUUGGAAGAUGAAGAUGACGAAUAUGAAAAUGAAGAGCUAACGGAUUUGGAAAAAAAAAAAAAAAAAAAUGCUUUGGAUGAUGACGAAACGAAUGUAGGAAAUAACGAUGACGAUGAUGAGGAUGAUGAUGACGAAGAUGAGGACGAUGAGGAUGAAGAUGAUGAAGAGGGAGAAGAUGACGAAGAUGAUGAGGAUGACGAGGAUGAUGAGGAGGAGGAUGAGGAAGAUGAAGAAAAUGAGGAUGAUGAGGAAGAUGACGAAGACGAUGAGGAUGAGACCGAGAACAAAGCAGAGAAAAAAAAGAACGGACCAAAAAAAAAUAAAAAUAAGAGAGGAUUGGAUAACAAAAAUGAUGGCCCAUCAAAGAAAUCCAAAUUGUUUGACGAAAAUCAGUACGAAAAAGACCUCGUUGCAUUUUUGAAAAAAAAUGGAAAGUGCAAAUUACCCGAGUUAGGAAAAGUUAAGAAGCCCGAAGGACUAAAAAUGAAAUUGGGCUUCUUUAUUAAGAAGCAUUCGAACGUGUUUAAGUUGGACACAGAUACCCAAGUGGUUUCCUUGAAGAAUAACUGA